CCCAUAGGAAAAAUCGCCAGAUACCGGAUGUCAAAGAUGGCAAUGUUUCAUCCAAUACAACAGGUGGCGACAUACGGCUGCAUAACACAGCACACUCGUGCUACGUUGGAGGAAGUAAAAUGCGCACGCGCAGUUAGAAAACCGGUGUACAAGCUUAGCAAGCUGGCGAAAUGCCAUCAGAUGCCAGUAGCCAGAAUUCGGCGACGACUUCAGAAAUAUUACAUUAAACAAAACACUGAGCAGACACUCUAUGUAGUUCUUAACUAAACAUUUAAAUCAGUCUGGCUAGAACUACAUCAGGCGCUCCCUGGCGGCAGAAGGUUAACGUUACUGAUGCUGAUGGAGAGUUGAGAAGCUCCUGUCGGAGUGAACUUCAGAUACAACACGCAAACUAUUUAUGUCUGAGGGCGACAGGCAGAUGGCACCAUUGCUGGAGGUCCAUGGGGAUUCAGAAGAGAAGUAAUGCAAAUUCCAUAAGGAUAUAGAAUGCUGAACAGGGAAGAGAUCUGUAUAAGUAUGUGGAACAGACUCUGCGCAGGAGAACAAAUGUCAGUGAAGAUGUAAAUGUGAUCCGACAUCUCCCUCAGUCCUUGCAGCCCUUGUUGUGGAUUUUCAGGGUUGGCCAUGCACCCGCCUCUGCCCCCCUCCACAGUCCGUGAGCUGGUGCGCUCGUGCCUGCAGCGCGACCCUGUGGCCGCGGACCUACGGCUCAGUCUCUUCCUGGCCGCUGUGCAGAGCUACAAACGCGACUCCAUGCUCCGACCAUUCCCACCUCUCUAUUUGACGGGGGACAGCAAAGACUUUGAAUCGCUGCUGAAGGAUGCCAGCUCGCUGCCCGGUGUGCGGGAGCUGGUGCGGGUGAACGCGGGUGAGGAGGAGGCCCACCUGGCGCUGGUCCACUGGGUUCUGUCCUCCAAGAGCUUCGCCAUCAAGACAAUGCAGAAGGAGGAGUAUGCCAGGCUUUGUAACCUGACGGAGAGCUCCGGGGUCUCUGCUCCGGUGCCGGACUUCCUGUUUGAAGUGGACUACUGUGAGCAGAUGAACUCUAAGUUUGAGAAGGCGCGCGAUGGCCGCGACCUCAUCUACGCCUUCCAUGGCAGCCGGCUGGAGAACUUCCACUCCAUCCUGCACCACGGCCUACACUGCCACCUCAACAAGACAUCUCUCUUUGGAGAGGGCACCUACCUGACCAGCGACCUGAGCAUGGCCCUGCUUUAUGGUCCCCACGGCAACGGCUGGCGGGAUAGCCUGCUGGGGCCGGUGCUCAGCUGCAUCGCCCUUUGUGAGGUCAUCGACCACCCCGAUGUCAAAUGCCAGGUGAAGAAGAAAGACUCGGAGGGGGUCGACCGGCAGCGGCUGCGGGCCAGGAACAGCGAGGGGGGCGACGUACCGGAAAAGUACUUUGUUGUGACCAACAACCAGCUAGUGAGGGUCAAAUACCUGCUGGUCUACUCCCAGCAGCGCCACAGAACCAGACACUCUGCGGUGCCUUCAUGGUUGGUGCGCCAUCACUUCUUCAUCAUGAUGAGUCUCUACCUGCUGCUCCUCAUCCUUAUCGGUGCCUUCAACUCCUCCACAUUCCAGUCCUUCUGGCAUCGCGCCUUCCGAUGACACUGACCAGUACAGACACACACACACACGCACACAUAUAUAUAAAUAUAUACACACACACAUACAUACAUACAUACAUACAUACAUACA